AUGGCAGAGGAAAUACUCCCCAAGAUUAGUAAAAUAUUUUCAAUUACUUUAAUCUCAAUUCUAGAUAAAUUAAGAAAAGCCUUCGCUUCAGGUGUGACUAAGCCAGUAGAAUGGAGAAAACAAUAACUGAGACAACUAUUGACUGGAAUCCAGGAAAUGAAAAUUCAAAUGACCACUGCAAUCGAGAAGGAUCUAGGUAAAUCGCCAUUUGUCACUGAAGUUACUUCAAUUCAACCUUGCCUCUGGGAUAUAGAGUUUAGUUUAAGUCAUGUUGACGAAUUUGUUAAGGACAUUAGCCUAGAUACACCUAUGAUGUUUGCCCCUAGUAGUACUUAAAUUAGAUACGAGCCACUAGGAGUCGUGAUGAUUUAUGGAUCUUGGAAUUAUCCCUUCGUCGUCACCCUAAAGCCACUAUGCUAGGCAAUUACAUCAGGUAACUGUGCUCUCAUUAAGCCAUCAGAGUUGGCUCCUCACUCUAGUAGAGUCAUCAAGGAUCUGGUCAACAACUACUUGGAUAAAUCCUGCUUUGACGUCAUUGAAGGAGGACCAGAAGUGGCAAUUGAGGCCUAGAAGUACUAGUUUGAUCUUAUUUGUUUCACAGGAUCCACCCAGAAGGGUAAGCUAGUAGCAGAAGCUGCAGGCAGAUUUUUAACUCCCUGUAUUCUUGAAUUAGGAGGAAAAUGCCCAGCCAUUAUUGAUGAGUCAGCUAAUAUUGAAUUGGCUGCAGCUAAGAUCUCAUUUGCAAGAUUUAACAAUUCUGGCCAAACUUGCAUCUGCACAGACUAUGUCUUGGUUCAUGAUUCAGUGAAAGAUCAAUUCGUUGACAGAAUUAAGAGCAAACUUAGAGACCAUUAUGGAGAUGAUCCAAAUGGAAACCCACAUAUGGGAAAGGUUAUUACUGAGUGGCACUGUGAUAGACUGAAAAAUUUGAUUGAGACCAGUUAAGGAAAGAUUCUUUGUGGAGGAACAGUGAAAAAGGACAUAAAAUAUGUGGAACCAACAAUUAUCCUAAACCCUAAAAAGGACUCUCCAGUGAUGGAGGAGGAGAUCUUCGGACCCAUUCUCCCAAUUCUCACAUUCAGCAAGAUUGAAGAGGUUGUUGACUUUAUUAACAGCAAAGAUAAACCACUUGCAGUCUACUACUUCGGUAAAUACUUCAGAAAUCCAAACAGAGACAAGAUUAUGGAUACUACCACAAGUGGAGCAUUUGUUUAAAAUGAUGUACUUAUUCAUAUGAUCAAUCAUGAAUUCGGCUUUGGUGGUGUUGGAGGCAGUGGCUAUGGCAGAUAUGGUGGUUAUGAGGGAUUCAAAGCCUGGUCUAACCCUAAAAGUGUCAUGUACAGACCUGCAUUGAAUUUCUACCCUUUAAAUGCGUUCUCACCUCCAUUUACCCCUGAGAGACAAGUUCAGUUAAGAAAAUUGAUGAAGAUGAGUGGCACAUAGAACAAAACUAUUAAAAUUGUGGUUUGGAUUUUAGUACUCCUAACUAUAGCUAUUCUUAUCGGUACCCUGCAUAGCCAAAUUUAUCAUGGAAUUCAGGAUGGAUGCAGAAACAUUAUUUGA